UGUCAGAUGCUGGGGAGCCGGGCGGGCGGGCGCGGUGGCGGCGGGCGGCGGGGGGGGACUUGUUGUUCUUCGCGAAGUCGGAGCCCGAGCGCCAGGCGGCGGCGGCGGCGGCGGCCGAGGGAAGCGCGAGAGUGAGCUCCGGCGCGAGGACAGCGCGUGCCCGCGAGGAGCCGCCGCGCGCCCGCGCUCUCCGCGCGACGCCAGGGCGGCGGCUCCCCCACCUCCCUGGUCUCUGGCUGCGGCCCCCGGACCUGCCGCCACUCAGGAACCGCACACCCCCUUGGGCCGCAGGGUCCUCGCUCGGGGGCAGCUUAGGUGGAGGUGGUGAUGUCACAGCUGCAGCGGCCAGGGCCGUGCUACGAGUUCCAGGGAGCUCUGUCCUGGUGACCGUGCCCGGGUUAUGACGACUAAUCCCAAACCGAACAAGGCAUUAAAGGUCAAGAAGGAGGCGGGCGAGAACGCCCCGGUGCUCAGCGAUGAUGAGCUGGUGUCCAUGUCGGUGCGGGAGCUGAACCAGCACCUGCGGGGUCUCACCAAGGAGGAGGUGACCCGCCUGAAGCAGCGUCGGCGCACACUCAAGAACCGCGGCUACGCGGCCAGCUGCCGCAUCAAGCGGGUGACGCAGAAGGAGGAGCUGGAGCGGCAGCGCGUGGAGCUGCAGCAGGAGGUGGAGAAGCUGGCGCGCGAGAACAGCAGCAUGCGGCUGGAGCUGGACGCCCUGCGCUCCAAGUACGAGGCGCUGCAGACCUUCGCGCGCACUGUGGCCCGGGGACCUGUGGCGCCCUCCAAGGUGGCCACCACCAGCGUCAUCACCAUUGUCAAGUCCGCCGAGCUCUCCUCCACCUCUGUGCCCUUCUCGGCCGCAUCCUAGUGCCGGCCGGGGGCAGGGGGUGGCGGGCAGCGGGCGGGCGGGCGGGGCACGUCCCUCGUACCUCUCACUGGGACCCAGACUCUCGACAUCCAAGUCCAAGUGCAGGCCCCGCGGGCGCAGGCACCUCACACCAGGAUGAGACUGUGGUGCAGGGUGAAGCGUGGGCUCCCGUGGACCCAGAGCUGCACGCCGGUCCACACACACACACACGCCCGCCACCUGCUCCCCGCAGGAUGUGUCUGUGUGUGGGAAUUGGUAUCUUGCGCCCAUGGGAGUCGGGACAUAUAACGGAAGGGCCCUCGGGAAGUUCCGUGUCCUCUGCGGGGGCUGCCAGAAGACACGGCCCCACGAGUCAGGCCCCUGUGGUCAGGUCUAGCGUGGGGCUUGUUUUCCACUCCUGCUGUAAGCAGCCUUCGACGCUUGUCCUGCCACGGCCUCCCAGCUGGUGCGGGAGCCCCUGGCUGCCCUGACCAACUCCGCAGUCCCCGGGGAGGAGCGUGGAUGGUGCGUCGGCAGCUCCAUCCUUCCAGCUGUCCUGUUGCAGUGCCCGUGAUCCACGUCUGCCUUAGCGGGGGCCUGCGUGAGUGGGCACGGUGUGGGAGGCCGCCUGCGUGGGGUGGUGUCUGUGUAUAUGCACACGUGUGUGUGCAGGCACACCUGCCAUCACGGCACCGGGGCUGAGGGGGUGCAGCUUGCUGCUGUUCACUGGGGGAGGGCCUGUGGGCACACGUGGCAGAGAGAGUGGCUCAUACGUUUUGAGGUCUCCCCUGUGAUCUGGUGACCCGAGGAGGUUGUGCAGCACAGCGCAGAAGCCCCUGCCUAUAGGAGCCGGCCCCCCAGACACCGACCCCACAGGCCAUCCUGGAUGUCAGCGGACACAGGCAGGGGUGCCCUGUCAUUUGAUGGUGAGCAGGACUCGGGCUCUGUGUCCUGGAGCUGCUUCUCACCAGCUGUGGUCAGUGCAGGGGGAACGAGGAGGUCUUUUGGGGGCCUGGCGGGGGGGAGGGCUGCUGCAGUCUAGGGAGAGGGGGUGCAGCCUGGGGGACGUUGGUGGACGUGGACGUGGAGGUGGAAGGAAGAGGACGUUGCGUGGAGUGGUGGGAGGAGGCGGGAGCCGUGUGCGAGAGCAGGUGGAAAACCUUGAGGGGCAGGACCAGGAUGCGGCUGGCUUGUAGAAGAGCUCAGGAGUGGGCCUGGCACUCUAGAGGGCGCGGCGGGUGGGGAGGCAGCAGGCACCAGGCCAGGAGAGCCUCGUGGACGUGGCUCCCGCGUGCACACCCCCAGGAGCACAGCCACGGGCUGCAGGUGUGGCCUCGGCACUCAGUCCUCACCUGGAGCCUUUGCUUGCUCCUCCUUCCGAGAGUACUGAGGCACCAGUGGGCUUGGCACUCCACCUUGGGCUUCCUUUUCCUGGAGAGCCGCCUUGAGGGUCCCUCCUGUGACUGGGGUCUCUGCAGUGGGAGCUGCGGGGGUUGCGGAGCCCCUGCCUGGGGGAGCUGGUGGAAUGCGAGCCGCCGGCCGGGGGCCGCCACAUAGGACAUGUAAGGUGGUGCCUGGGGCCCCAGCUCCCUCUCAGCUGCCCCUGCCCACCCAGUAACAGCCCCCACCGGCUACAGAGCCCAGGCUGGUGCCAGCCAGGCUGGGAGGGCAGAGGACAGACAGCCCCGAGGCUGUGACUUGGUUCUGUGUCUGCUGUUAGAAGUUGAGUGGGAAGGUGCAGGCCUGCCAGGACCGCUGGGUCCCUACAGAGCAAAGGCCUGCGUGUUCCCAAACAGCCGUUGCCCCCGUGGCCGUGGUAGGUAAUCCAUAUUGGAUGUCAUAAGGACCAGGGGGAUAUUUAAAGAGAGAAACAGAAAAUAUAUAGAGAUAUAAAAUUAUAUUCACAGUUUAUCUACAGAUUUUUCGUAACAAUCUUUCUUUUCCAGUUUGAUACUGUAAAUCUAUCAGAGCAGAGCCGGGGGGCACGGGCACAGGUGGGAGUUGGGAGCAAACCGGAGGCCCGGGCUGCCCGCCGUCCCCCUCUGUCUUCCCAUGGACUGCACCAGGCAGCUGGGCCCCGCAGGACAGGCCGCGGCGGGUGGCCAGUUCUGACCCGUCUUGGGGUUCUUGGUGUCCACGUCUUGUGGGCCGUGGGCGUCCACCUGCCCUUGGCCUGUGGUGCUUUGCCGGAGAAGGGACUCCCCGGUCCCCAGGGUGGACGGAGCCGCUGUCACCGCCCAGAGCCCGGCCGGGGAAGCACGGCGCGUUCUGCUUUUCUUUUCAGAUCGUUGAAAUUUCAUUGUCAUGAUUUAAUAUAUGGAUUUUUUUAUUUAAGAAAAAGACGAGGGCCUCUUUGUCACAUGGGUUUGUUUUCUGUCUCCGUGCCUCUGGCUUCCCAAAGAGAUCCAGGUCUUUGCGUUUCCAGGGCGUGGGGACCCCGGCCCCCCCACGCCGCCACGCCGCCACACCGCCUCACCCUGACCUCUGUGCUACUUGGCAGUUCCAUUUCAUUAUUUAUUUUUUGUGCUGCUUUUUAUCAUGUUAUAAAUUAUUGAGAACAGAUCAUAUGUGGGCCUGUGUCUGGCCGCCGCCGCCCUGCCGCGUCCCUGGGGCCACCACCUAAUUUAUUGCCGUGCGUCCUGCUGCUGUGACCGCUUUUGUACCUUUGCAAUAAAGAAUUUUCUGGUUUCAGA